AUGCCUUCCAGUCGCACAUCAGCUGAUCUCAGUACUCUAGUACUGUUUGUCAACGGGAGAAAGAUCGAGAUACAGAACCCUGACCCGGAAACGACCCUGGUGGACUUUCUUCGAAGAAAACUGCAUCUGACGGGCAGCAAGCAAGGAUGUGGGGAAGGAGGUUGUGGAGCCUGUACUGUCAUGGUGUCCAGAUACACACCCAGUGAAGACAUUACAGAGUAUCCUUUUAAAUUCAACUCCUGUCUGACCCCUUUGUGCAGCUUGCAUGGACUUGCAGUGACCACGGUUGAAGGCAUCGGCAAUGUGCGAGGCAAACUUCAUCCUGUACAGCGUCUGAUUGCUGAGAAUCAUGGAUCGCAGUGUGGGUUUUGUACACCGGGAAUUGUAAUGUCCAUGUACACACUUCUACGCAACAAGCCACGACCAACACAGAUGGAGAUACAGGAGACGUUUGAUGGAAACUUGUGCCGAUGCACUGGCUACCGACCAAUUCUGGAGGGAUUCAAAACCUUUUCUGUGAAUUCCUGUCCCAAGGGUGAAAAUUGCUGUCAGAAUCGAGUGACUUCUGAUCAAGACAAUAACUACGAGGAAUUUCUGUCUCCAUCGUAUGAUCCAUCCCAAGAGCUAUUGUUUCCUCCUGAACUAAAGCUUCUCUCAGAGAAAUUGCACAAAGAGAGCUUGAGAUUUGAAUCACCCAGAGUCACAUGGUUGUCUCCGUCAUCACUGGCAAAGUUACUGGCUGCUAGACGAGCCUACCCUGAAUGUAAACUUGUCAAUGGAAACACAGAAAUAGGAAUUGAAACCAAAUUCAAGAAAAUCAUCUAUCCUGUACUGGUAUCUGUUGCCAGGAUUCCUGAACUAUCUCAGGUAGAGUAUGAACAAGGAGGUAUCAAGCUUGGAGCCUCCCUACCACUGAGCAGAAUUUCUGCUGUACUGAAAGCUGCUGUUGCUCAGACU